AUGUGGACAGCAGCGGAGAGCGCUUCGUUCCGUCGAAUACUCAACAUAUUUCCUUUGGUGAAAACUCGCACUGUGAAGUCUUCUAUAGUACAUAAUGAUUACAGAAGACCAGUUCAGGUGGAAUUGUAUGGUAUUCCCGAGGGACAUACUGACACAUCCCCGGAGGUCGGUAUCUGCAUUGCCGCUCUUUUCGCAGCUGAACUCCGCGGACGAAUGCAGCUUCGUCGUAUAGCGGAUGCGGCGAAUUUCUCUCCAGACACAAAUUUCAACCAGAUCGAGGAGCCUCCACCGCUUCGAGAGAUUCCCCUCUUUCGAAGAAAUUUCCCAGCAGAUUGGAAACGUGACUCGACAGCAGAUCGUCUGUCUCGCAGCAGCGAAUUAGCGAAAGAGUGGCAAAAGUGGUCGCCACGUACUGCCCGUGUUCCACCUUUGGAAGUCGAAUGGUUGGAUGAGCAUGGAUACUGCACGAGUCAGGGAGAGUAUCUCAUCAACAUCGAAGGAGCACAAACCCAGUCUCCUUAUGAGUUCUAUGCAAGACCAAUCAAAAGGGAACGCAUUCCUGAAAAUGGCGAUACCGACGAGUUCGUGGAGAGAGAACAAUUAGAGAAUGAAACAUCUGCAAUGCUUAGCGCCCAUGAAGAGUUGAAGAAAAAAGCCACAAUUUUGGAUGCAUUUUAUUCUCUCGAAGAAAACCGGAGUCCUUUAGAAAAGAAUCAAUGCAUUGAAUGGUUACGCGACAAAAUCAGAGUGUUUGGUAUUUGUGCUUGUUCGGAAGAGCGUGGUGCCUAUACCGGAGAGUGGCAACGAGUCGAGGUAUUCUGA